GAAUGCGAUGAGGGAAGGGGUGAUGGGUAUUCAUUUGGACGGAACUCAACCACUAAAGCACAAAGGUGCCGAGUUCGUUUCUCUUUGGUUUUUUCUUCUAGAAAUUUGUCCCGGACACAACACAGGUGUGAUGUAAAGAGGGCACAUCAAAACGACGUCGUUUGGGUGAUGGUUUUCUGGAGUAGAAAGGCUGAGAGAGAAGAAACACUUCUUUAGUCUCGGAAAAUUGGUCAUUGGGAAUUCGGUGGUGGCAGUAGAGAUUAGGGAAAAUCCAUGAGAUUCGACGUGUGAAAAUUGGUCCGAUCUCUUCCUCGCUCUCAUCAGAUUUGCCGUGUGAAACUGCUUCCGUCUCUUCUUCUGUUUAUCUUCAUAUUCUCCUUUUCUCUCUGCUCUCUUCCCACUGCGAUCUGUGAAGCUUCUCCGCCCACUAGGGUUCUUCCAGGGUUUUUGCAUUCUGCAUAUCAGAAUAACUGUGAUGAUAUUUGAGUAAAUCAACCAGUAUAUUGGUGAUUAUUGGUGAAGGCCCUUGAGGGGGCUAAGACUACAACAGAUUUCUGCUGAAACAUGCCUAGAGUCCUUUCAUUUCUGGUUUCAAGUGAAAAGCUCAUGGUCAUAGAUAUUUGGCUAGCCAGGAAUUGCUACUGAAAGAGUUGUUGUGCGAAAUAGUAGGCAGACACUAUGGUUGGAAAACAACUUUUAUUGACUUACUUAUACCUUCUAGUUUACAUACUGCUCUCAUCAGGAGUUAUUUUGUACAACAAGUGGGUCCUCUCCCCAAAGUACUUCAAUUUUCCAUACCCAAUAACUCUUACUAUGAUUCAUAUGGGAUUUUCUGGUGCAGUGGCAUUCUUCCUUAUCCGUGUGAUGAAGGUUGUAUCACCUGUCAAGAUGACAUUUGAAAUAUAUGCUACAUGUGUGAUUCCUAUUAGUGCCUUCUUUGCAGCGAGCCUAUGGUUUGGUAACACGGCCUAUUUGCACAUUUCUGUGGCCUUCAUCCAGAUGCUGAAAGCCCUAAUGCCUGUGGCAACAUUUCUUGUGGCUGUUGUCUGUGGAACUGACAAAUUAAGGUGUGACGUCUUCUCGAACAUGCUGCUGGUCAGUGUUGGAGUCGUCAUUUCCUCGUAUGGGGAAAUUCAUUUUAAUGUAGUGGGCACACUGUACCAGGUUACGGGAAUAUUUGCUGAAGCUCUUAGGCUGGUCUUAACCCAAGUUCUUCUUCAAAAAAAGGGCUUAACACUAAAUCCUAUUACCAGCUUAUAUUACAUAGCUCCUUGCAGUUUUGUGUUUCUCUUUGUUCCUUGGUAUUUACUGGAGAAGCCUGGAAUGGAAGUUUCACAGAAUCAGUUCAGUUUCUGGAUAUUUUUCUCGAAUGCUGUUUGUGCUCUAGCCCUGAAUUUCUCAAUAUUCUUAGUAAUUGGUAGAACUGGAGCAGUAACCAUCCGAGUUGCUGGUGUUUUGAAGGACUGGAUACUAAUUGCCCUGUCAACUGUUAUAUUUCCUGAAUCCAUAAUAACAGGGCUUAACAUUAUCGGCUAUGCAAUUGCUUUAUUUGGUGUUGUCAUGUAUAACUACUUGAAGAUCAGGGAAGGCCGUGCAUCUCAACCUACUGAAGGUAUCCCAGAAAGAGUAAAGGACCUAAAAACAGAGAAAAGGUCAUCCGAUCUAUUUGCAGCCAACGUUGGUAAUAACAGCAACAAUGGAGGAAAGAAUGGUUGGAAUGGUUCUGCUUCGGACUCAAAUGCGGAUGAAGAAGCACCCCUAAUUCCUGCUUCCUUGAGGAUGUCUCAUCUUGGGCGCCAGCUUAGUGGGCACACAGCAUGAUGAAUGGCUGUUAAUAUGACUUACACUCACUCUCAGUAAUAGGCAUUUUAUUUUCUAGAAGCAAAGAAACAAAUGAGAACAAUGUUAGUAUGAGCAUUUUAUUUGAUGUUUAGAACAUGAUUCUAUAAACCCAGUUAUUCAUGUGAAGAAAUAUCAUUCUUUGCAGAGCAUCUUGUGUUUUUAGCUUAAUCUAAUUUGAGGAUGCAAAUGAAGGCUGGUUUUUUCUAACA